AUGUCCGAAUUCUCGACAGAAGCUUUCGCGCUUCUUGGCGUGGCCAUCGCCGUCAUCUUCUUGAGGACCUAUGCGAGAAUCGUCGCUGUUGGCUUUAAGCGUCUGCAGGCAGAUGACUACCUCAUGCUGCUGAUCAUCGUCAGUCUCUCGACAGCUGCGUACAGCGUCGGAGCGCAUUGGAAGGGACUCGCCAACAAUGGCAUGACGGACGAGGAGCGGAGAAAUCUGGACCCAAACAGCGAAGAAUAUUCGACGAGGUAG